AUGAGGUUAAAGCCAUUUAAUUUUGAUCUCAUAAAAUAAUAUGCAAUUAAGUAAAAUGAAUUGUGUUGUGCAAUCACUUUUAAGAAAGAUUGCUUAGUUGUGAUAGCUGAAUAUUAAGGAAGAUUAAAGUGUAUUAAUAUGUAGAAGGAAAAAUUAAUCAAAUAUAAGUGUUUAGUGAACAUACUAAAAGUGUGUAUACUUUGAAUUUCAUGAUGAAUACAGAUAAUUUUGUAUCUGGGAGUAGCAAUAAAUUAAUGAUAAGAUGGUAGGUGAACGAAAAUAUUUAAUGGAUUUGUUAAUAAAAAUUAGAUGAACAUUCAAAUUCUAUAUUUUGUUUAAUGUUGAAAAAUAAUGAUGAUCUCAUUAAAUUUGGGAGUAUGGAUUAUACAAUUAAAAUUUGGAAAAAAUCGAAUUAAUGGUUUUGCUGA